AUGGGCACCAGCGACCUGGCCUCGCGCCUGAGAGCAAAGUUCUCGAAGCGGCGACACUCGGCAGCGGCAUCCCUAGCUUCGUCAAUACAGAGCGUCGCAGAUACGUCGUCUCUUGGGAGCCGCCAUCGCUGGGAUUGGCAUCGAGGACGCGACCAAAAUCACAACCAAGGCCAUGACGACAAAGAUCGAGAUCAUUCGCCAUCUCGUAGAGCUGCCAGCCAGACGCGGGCGACACCGGGAAGCUCAAGCUUCGACAGCAACCAGCCGGAUCUAAACGUCAGCAAGGAAUCCACGGAUCCUCCGUCUCCUGGCACGCGUCGGCAACACCGCCACGAAGGCGUUGACAACACGACUGGUGUUGGCACUAAGAAGGAGACGGCGCCGAUCCGAGCCCUAUCGCCGACAUCAGAAGCAAUGCCCCCCAAGUCAACACCCGUUUCAUCCGCAGCCGUUCCCACUGCCACCCAGGCAGUCCCACCCACUCCGGAUGUUCUCACAGCGCCUGAUACAGCGACGGAUGACCCAAAGAGCCCGCUAAAACCGCCUGCCCCCCGGCAGAGCCGCCGUGGCUUUGCCCCUAACGACGACCUGGGCAACGAUCUGCACAGUUCCUGGCAUGUCCCACCACAAGCUCAACCUCAUCUGCAUCCCAACUCUCGCCCUUCAUCAACUCAAUCACCCGAGCUAUCCCCCAACUCGACGCCGACGCGACCGCGAACACGCCCAUCAAACUCGAACCUCAGUCGCAUCCACGAGGACAGCUCUGCCGACUCCUCGUCGUCCCCGCUGCCGCACUCCGACGCCGACGCCGACGUGGAUGUUGAGACGGAGGCGCGCGACCAUGACGACCCGUUGAGUCCCGGCUUCGCUCCCUCUACCCCAUCACCAGCACAUGCUGCUAUCGCGACGACGACAGUCACGAUUCCUUCAUCCCCUGGCUUUGCGCCCACGUUAACACUUCCAUCCUCCUCGUCAUCAUCCCCACGGCCGUCCGGCCCGCCCCGCCGCCAAAGUCUUCUUUCCAACCGCCAAUCGACCCUGAUCAACACUCUCCUCCACAGUCCGCUUCCAGCUGAACCUGGCGCGGAAGCAACGCUGCUACUCCCCAUCGACGCCAACAUGGUGACCCGCAAGAUCUGGGUCAAGCGCCCACAUGCUUCCCCCACCCUCGUCACCAUCAACGAGGACGACCUAGUCGACGAUGUUCGAGAUAUGAUCCUACGCAAGUAUGCCAACUCCCUCGGCCGCACUUUCGAUUCCCCCGACCUCAACAUCCGCAUCUUCCCCCGUGACCAGCACAAAGACCGCCUCCUAGGCCCUGAGGAGCCCAUGGGUCGCACCUUGGAUGCCUACUUCCCCGGUGGCCAAACCGUCGACGAGGCUCUCAUCAUUGAUACCCCCCGCCGAGCCCCCAAGGCCUCUCCCCGCCCGGUUGGGCACGCUGCCAACGUCUACUCUGCCGAUGACCCGCGACCAUCUGAAGCUGGAGAGGGCUACUUUCCUCCCGUUGAAGUCAGAGCUUCGCCACAUCUUCCAGUCGCAGUUCCGGUACAUAGUAAUUCGCAAGCCCCGCACUCCAUCGCGGUCCUCGGCACAGGCCAAAUCCCUCCCAUCCCAUCCCCUGGUGGCAGGGCGUCACGCACCUACCGUGAACGUCCUGAACGCCCCCGGCUCGGUCGAACCCAUACGUCGUCGCCCACGAUUCUAGCCAACGGCCCAGUUGCCACUGCCACCAACCACGGUACGCAGCACUUCAAUCCUAGGCUACCUCAUGUUCGAACUCACUCAAAUUCCUCAGAAGCCGGGAUGCCUCCUCCUCCUCCUCCUCCUACUCUUCCGACCCCUCCCGCACCCGAAUCCUCCCAGGUUGCUCAAGUUGCGACACCCCCGGCCAGAAUCUCGUCACCUCGACCCGCUGCUAGUCGGAUAAAGAAGGUCAAGAGGAACCCCGAGCAUCCAAACCUACCACCGGGUAUGCUUAACGGUGGUGUUCCCCCAAUCAACGUCCUCAUAGUCGAAGAUAACCCAAUCAACUUGAAGCUCCUAGAAGCUUUCGUGAAGAGGCUAAAGGUGCGGUGGCAGAGUGCCAUGAAUGGGCGGGACGCUGUCAAGAAGUGGAGGACUGGUGGCUUCCACCUGGUGUUGAUGGAUAUUCAGCUACCAAUUAUGAAUGGUCUCGACGCCACGAGGGAGAUUCGGAGAUUGGAGAGGGUCAACUCUAUCGGCGUCUUCUCGUCUACGCCAAGCAGCGGCCUACCCGAGGAGGAGAACCCCGAUGAACUAAAGGACCAGGACCGGCUCGAUACCCCCUCCUUGUUCAAGAGCCCAGUUAUUAUCGUGGCCCUGACCGCCAGCUCCCUCCAAAGCGAUAGACAUGAAGCUCUAGCCGCUGGUUGCAACGACUUCUUAACCAAGCCCGUUAACUUUGUUUGGCUCGAGCGAAAAGUCAUGGAAUGGGGUUGCAUGCAAGCUUUGAUCGAUUUCGACGGCUGGCGGAAAUGGAAGGUUAUUUCUCAGGAGGCAGAGGAAAACGAGGCGGCCAAGAAGGCUGCUAAGGCUGCUGCUGCUGCUGCUGCUAAGAACAAGUCCAAGAAAAACAAGUCAUUAUCCGUUGCGGCAUAA